AUGUAAAAACCCGACUGGCUAGAACAGUGUCUGUAUUGGUCAACUGACAAUUGAAACAAACAGAAUAAUUCUCCCUGAACAAGAAAUCAGAAUCAAUUUAUAUGUAAAAAUUAAAUCCCUAAAUGAAUCCAAACCCUAGUUCCAACCCGCCACCGCCACAAACUACCGACGCAUAUUACCCUUCCAAUUAUUCUUACUAUGUCCAACCAACUGCCGCCGCCCCCGAAGAGCCCCGACCACCAGGGGUCGACUCCUACCAGCCUCCCUUACAGCAACAACAACAACAAGGACACGCAUUGUCAUACGCCCCACUCGAUACGUCUGCUUCUGCCUAUUAUUUGGAUCCUAAUUUGCAGAAUUGGGAUGCUAAAGAGGCCGUACGCCAAUACGGGUUCGACCCGGCUGCAUAUGGAGCCGCUCUUAAUGUUAUGGUACCUCAAGAUGGGAUGCAACAGUUGGCUAUAGCACAACCAGGGUUGACAUUGUUGCCUAACUUUACAUUUCAGACUCAGGGGAAUGGUACUUUGAAGAAGCUAAAGAAAACGAAGGUCGUUCAAUCUGCACAUUGUGAAGUUUGUAAGGUGGAUUGUAACAGCAAUGAAGUACUCGACCAGCAUAAAUUAGGAAAGAAACACAAGAACAACUUGGAGAAAUUACGGGUAGCUGCUAUUUUGUCCAGUGCUUCAGUUGAGAUACAGAAUCCACUAAUUGGGCCACAGCCAAACCCUGAGAAGAGCAAAACUGGCAGCGGACAGAAGAAUAAAAAGAAAGCAGCCGCAUUAGAAGAUCUGGAGACAAAGAGAAGAAAAAUUGUUGAAGGUGGGGCGGCUCAAGAGGCUGUUAGAGUGUGUGCAGUUUGUAAUGUGGUGUGCAAUAGCGAGAGUGUAUAUAAUUAUCAUCUUGCUGGACGCAAGCAUGCUUUGAUGCUGAAGAAACAGGGAAUAACCGUUGCUGCUGCCAUUUAAAUCAACGUAAAGUUCUUGGAAACAAAUAGUUGGGAGAUCUAGCACUUAUUUUGAGUGAAUUUGAUCAUUGCAGCAUCCAUAAAAUUGGGAAGAUGUUACCUGUUUUGCACUGAUAUUGCAUUAGAGGUUAGAUUUUUAUGUGGAAUGUUUACGGAGUUAUCUGUACAUAGAAUUGAGGCAUAUUCUUCAUAACCCUGGUGUUUCUAACUUUCUUGAUAAUCUUAAUUCUCAAUAAUUGUGGCAUUAGAAU